UUUGAGGGACAAUGAAGUUCAGAACAGGACAGGCACUGGGCACCAUCCCCAGGCAGCACAAAGUUCUUCUGUUACUGCUAUUGGGCCUAGUGGAUGGUGUCCAGCAUGUACUUUCUCCCAGCUCUGCACAAAGGAGCAGAGCCAUGGGCCCAGGAGCUUCAGUGGGAAGCAGAAGGCCUAGUCUGUGGACUCAGCCAGGCAGAUGGUUAUUCCAGGCCAUCCCACGGGGAACAGGGCCUAGAUGCUGGCCCCAUGGGUUUACAUCUAAGCCACAGUCGUGGUAUAUCUUUGGUGGUGGGACCCAGCUCACAGUCCUAGGUCAGCCCAAGUCUGACCCCUUGGUCACCCUGUUCCUGUCUUCCAUGAAUGAUCUCCAGGCCAACAAGGCCACACUGGUGUGUCUGGUGAGCGAAUUCUACCCAGGUACUUUGGUGGUGAACUGGAAAGUAGAUGGAAUCCCUGUCACGAAGGGUGUAGAGACAACCCAACCCUCCAAACAGACCAACAACAAGUACAUGGCCAGCAGCUACCUGACACUGGCAUCUCACCAGUGGCCAUCUCACAGCAGAUACAGCUGCCAGGUCACUCAUGAAGGGAGCACCGUGGAGAAGAGCAUGUCACCUGCUGAGUGUUCUUAGACCCUGAUCCCCAGUGAAGA